AUGAAGGGAAUCAGACAUUUCACUGAUUUGCUUAGAAAGUUUAUGUGUGACAAAGAAGAAAACUUCUCCGAGAGUUCUGACUAUUUGACUCUCUGUCUCCACUCUGCAAAGCAACUGUAUAAUGCGGGGGUGACGUUUAGGCGUCCUAAAGAUGCUACAUAUUUAGCUUGCAUAAAGACUUGGCCUCCUGUUGAGGACGAUGGUAAGUGCUGCUGCAGGAAUGGCUGGGGUCGCUGUUGGUGGAAUGGCCGCGGUUGCUGUUGGAUAAAUGGCUGCCGUUGGAUUAAUUGUUUGGAAUUGAAAAUCCCUCAAUUGAGGAUAGAUGACAACACGGAGUGCAUUUUCAGAAACGUCAUGGCGUUCGAGCAGUUUGUUUAUCCAGAUGAGCCUCGUAUCUGCAAUUAUAUUUUUCUACUGGAUCAACUCAUCGACACCGUUGAAGAUGUGGAUUUGCUGGUUGACAAGAGAAUCGUUGAGAACUGGCUUGGCAGUAACAAGGCCGUGGUUGACUUGGUUAACAAACUCAACGACCAAAUUGUGAUACCGCGUUUCUUAUAUGCUAAAAUCUGUGAAAAGCUUAAUGACCAUCACGACAAAAGGUUGAACGUUGCCAGGUCAACCCUCAAGAGGGUUUACUUCAAGGAUAUUUGGACUGGCAGUUCCACUGUUGUUGGGCUUGUUUUCCUUGUGUUCUCCCUCUUCUCUACCUAUUAUACCAUCAAGAAUCUCUUCUCUGUAUGA